AUGAUUGAUAAUUGGAAAUUGCAAAAGUACUCUCCUUCUGAUUCCCCCAAGCUUUGGGAAAAGCAGUUGACCCGUCGUGGCGGUAUACGCUUCCAUCCAAUCCUAUGUCUUCAGGUUGCUGGAACUGAGCUUAAUAAACAGCUUAUUACUUUCGCCAAAGAAGUUAUAGCCUAUCGAAAAGCAGCUGCUGAAAGUCGGGCCAAACGCGCGGCAGAAGCUAAUCAGAUUUCUUCAGUUUCCAUUUGUUCCACGAGUCUCACAACUCUUAUAUGUGUCAUUGAUGAUGAUACAGAACUGGGCCAAGAGGCUACCCGUAUCUUGGCCUCAAUUGGCCGUGAGAGAGUUGGCCCACCCCAUUCCAGACAGCAAGGUCAGUUUGACUCAAGCACUAGCCGAGAGGAAUAUGAGGGUGAAAUGGGUGCUCUGAUCCGCGACUACCUUGAUUUCCGUAAAUUGAUCCUUACUAUUGACCCACCUAGCGGGCCGGAUGAUGACCUACCCUCAGGCAGCUUGCCUGGCUUAACUUGUUCUGGUUCUGGGACUUCUGCUUCUGCAGCUCAAAGUGGUGUUGUUGGUCAGACCAGUCUAGUCGUGAAUUUCCCCCAACAAGUAAUGCCAAUGACGACUGGCUCGGGCCAGGUCAUCACAAACCCAUCUGCUGGAGUGCAGAUGGCACAGAUGAUGUCUAUGCAAGCUCUCCAGCAACUUCAGCAACAACAACAGCAUUUGUUGGUAACAGGCCAGUACGUGCCGGGCCAGCUAGGAAAUCGGAAUUCAGACGAUGUUAUACUCGUCGGCACCUCAGGCGGACCUCUGCUUCAGCCUACCGAUCAGGUGAGCCAGCUUAUUCUUCCAGCGGGUCAAGCUGCUGCGCACAUGAUGCAGCUUCGCGGCCAAAUGGUGGCGCCACAUCAGGCAGCUCUUCAGCAACAACAACAGCAACAACUCUUUUAUGUCCAGCAGCAGCAACACCAACAGACACAGCAGCGACAUGGUAAGUAUUGUAGUCAACUUUUCCUACUCGUAAUCCUAGAGAUAGGCUCUAAAAUAGGCGAGAUUCAAAAACGACAUAGUUGGUAUCCAGUAGUGACCUUGAUUCAAAAAUAA